AUGGAUGGAUACCUCCAUAAACCGCAGACCCUGAGCCACGAGAUACAAGGCCCCAACGCGGCCGACAGGUCGGAUAGGGACCGACCCACGCUCGCGGAUAUUAGUGCCAACCUCAAAGCACUCGCCACAGCAAUGGUCACGAAAACGGACCUACAGACGCUGUCUGAGACCAUCCACGAGGCCAUCUGCACCGAAGUGGCGACACUGAAGACGGAGUUGGUCUCCCAGGGCAACUGCAUACAGGUGCUAGACUAA